UUGUGGAACUUUGACAAAAAGAGUUGGUUAUUCUGGACAGACUUGGAAUACAACAGGGAGUUAUAUCACUUUGAAUGUUGUGUGAGUGUACAAAUUGACAUCCACUUCUACAUAUAUAAAUGGCAUAAAGAUAGAUGUCAAUUAUGCAACAAACGCUGAUAUUCAUAAAGAUUAUUGGAUGUCUUAGAAAAUACUUUAUUAUAAGUGAUCAAAUACCCGUUAACAAUCCAGUUAUAUGAAGGAAUAAAAUCCUCUAUGCAUUUUGAUUUCCUUUACCUUUAAACUUCAAAAUAUCCCAUUCAAAUAUGUCUAUAUAGCAGUGUUCGCUGGCUCUUCAGCUUAUGAUGAUGACAAGGAGAGUUCUAUUAGCACUGGAGGCACAAAGACAGUGUCUAUAGAUUGGGACUUUGCGAUUUACAUUGUAGUUCACCCUACCUCAUCUAGCAAUGCUAUAGAUAUUGACUAUAAAGCAGAAAGAACAGUAAAAACAGUGAGUGUAGGAGCAGUUAUAGGGAUUGUCCUCGGCAGCAUUUGAUGUUUCAUCAUAAUUAUUGGUGGAAUAAUCGGUACAGCUGUAUUUUGCUCUAUCAAGAAAGCUCAAAUGGGUUUAAGAAAUCAAGCCGAAACAAAUAAUGGUGCUGCUACUGCUGUUCAAAUCAGUCCACAGCCUCAAAUGAUUACUGAUCCAGCUCCUCAACCUCUUUAUAUGACUAGUAGGGAUUUAUGAUUUUCUUGAGAAUCAGUAUAAGCUAGCUUUCUAGAUUUAUCUUUGUUUUGAAAGAGUUCUCAUUACUUGAUGGUUAUUUUACUC